AUGAAUGAUAGUAUAAAAUCUUUCAAGAAACCAAAGAAGCAAAAAUGUAAUAAAGAAAAUAAAUCACCUGCAAAAAGAAAAAGCUUAACAGGUACUCAAAAAGCAGAAAUAUGCUACUUAAAACAGAAGGGUAUUAGUCAAGUCAAGUUAGCUAAACAAUUUUCUAUUGCUGAAUUUCCUUUACUAGAAGAGGCACUUGCUCUUUGGGUAUCAAGGAUAACCAAGGCAUUACAAACAGUUACAGAGAUAAUAAUUCAACACAAGGCAGUUCAACUUGCAGAAGGCCUUGAUAUAAUGGAAUCUGGUGAACCUCCUGAACCCUUAAAUAUUAAGAAUGUGAUUGAUUUUACUGCCACUGCUUGGAAAAAA